CUCACAGCUCUACUAACACAGAGGAGCAGCGUGACACCAGCACACAGGGCUUGUCACUUCCCUUCAACAGAUUUUGAUACCUUCUGCACCACUGGAAAAAUGAGGAAUUCUUCUGUUGGCCUUGCAAUUCUUUUCCUAAUGGUGGUGAGAACAAGUCGUGGAACCUGUGGAGAGCCCCAGGAAUCUCAGGCCUCUGGGGUACAGCUAAAGCAGAAGAGUUCCGAUAUCUACAAAAUUCCAGCUUCUCUCUUGAAGAGGUAUUACAAUGAAGAUUCCUAUGACGGCUUUGUUGGGCUCAUGGGCAGAAGGAAUUCUGAUUCUAAAGAAUAUGCAUCUGAACCUUUUAAGCGAGAUAUGCACGAUUUCUUUGUUGGUUUAAUGGGGAAGAGAAAUUUGGGGAGUCCCACAAAUGAAGAAAAUGAUGCACAGCCCGAGUCUAGAUACUCAACAAAAUGUAGAAUGAAGUUCAGACGUUCGGUUUAGAAGAUAACUGUCAUUUGAACCCAAGCAUUAUCCAAUGGUUUGAUGCUAAGCACCCUGGAUAUCUUCUUUUCUACCACGGAUUCAAUCCCCACUUGUGUUGCAAUAUUUCACACUAUCCUCACCCACUUUUGUGUCCAGCUAUGUGUACAUUUUUAUCAUUUGUUACCACAUAUGUACAAAAAUAAGGGCAACAGAAGUGGAUAAUAAGUUCAAUGAAUUUUCUAUGUUACAGCUAUACAUCUUCUACCUUGGUUUCUGUAUAUAUUUCCCUUUCCACUCACUUUUGUGUAUUUUUCUAUCGUUUCCUGAUCAUUUAUGAUGCUCUAAUGCCAUCCCUUCCUAUCAUGCAUUUUUAAUGCUACAACAUUAUUGUUGGUUUCAUUUAUUUUUGUGUACAGACAACUAAAUUGAAACCAACAAUUAGAUAGUGAUCCCUCUCUGUUUUAAUUAGAUUACAGUCUGUUAGCUUUCAUUUAACAACAAAACCGUUGCUAAAAUGUGGCCUAGAUCAAUGAUCUGGACUUAGUACAAAUGCUAUGGUGGAUAAUAAUGAACAAAUGUUUUUGCUUCAACUAUUGACUGAUAUAAAAAAGAAUUCUAAGACUUUCCUUUACCACCUUAUAAUGACCCAUAAUGCUUUGCCUGUGUGCUUACCACUAUAUUAGCC